AGAAUUAUUGAUUAUUAAGCACAUACAAACUCUUUCAGGAUAUCUAAAUUUUGCGAGCAGCACCACAAUGUGAAUCGAAAUAUCCAAGAACUCACUACUAGGUGAAAUCCAUUAUCAAUCUACAAAUGAUAAUAUCUUUGAAAAUAUGCUAACAGAUGUAUCACUCAUUUAACGUAAUACAAUAUAACCAAUCCUCAGUAUUUCAAAUAUUCACGUAUUAACUCACAACCUGUAACGCACAACUCUCUGUAGCAGAAAACAUCUAUUUCUUCUCGUUAUGAACAUACAUAGGAUAAAAUAGAACGUUAACUAAUAAGUGAGACGGAAUAGUGCGGACAAAAAUGCGGGAUUAUUGGGGCUACCGUGCAAGGGAGCAGCGGAACAAGAAAAUAUCUCUGAAGAAAGGUGAAGUUGUGCUCACGUCGGAACCUUUCGCUUACGUUAUUGAGAACGACCGGCGAGGACAAUAUUGCGAGUCCUGCCUCGUCUCCAACAGACUGAAGCCGUUAUCGCCAUGCAAGAAGUGCGGCUUCACGUUCUACUGCAGCGCAGCGUGCGUGCAGGAGAGCUGGGACGCUGUCCACAGUCGCGAGUGUAGCAAGCUCAAGCAGUACCGCUGUGGCAAGGGCGAGCUCAUUCCUAGCUUCGCCAGACUACUCGCCAGGAUAUUGUUCAGGCUCCAGGAUGGCGGAGAAAAAUUUGAGGAAAAAUACUGUAACAAUCGGGGAAGAAAGUUCAAGGAUCUAAUGAAUCAUUAUAAGGACAUAAAGAACGAUUCUGUGCGCAUGCGCGACGUCCGUUCAAUGAUGAGAAUUUUGAACGAGUUUAUUGGGCACGAGAACGUCCCCAACGAGAGCGACUUCAUCGGGAUAUAUGGCAGGGCGCUGGUGAACCGCUUCUGCUUGAGUGAUGAGGUGAACGUACCGAUGGGAUCUGCGGUGUUCCUCGCCGCCUCGAUAUUCGACCAUUCAUGCAUGCCCAACGCCCAUCCUUCCUUCAUCGGCAAGAAGCUCUACAUCAGAACUCUAGUCGAUCUCCCGGAGCUAAAUCUGGACAAGGUUUUCAUCAGUUACAUUGACUGUGUGAACAGCAGAGAGAUGCGACGCCUGGACCUGCACCGCAACUGGUACUUCAUGUGCGAGUGCGACCUCUGUAACGACCAAGAGAGGGCGCUCUAUGAGAAUUACAUCACUUGCGAAAACCCUAUGUGCGAACAAAUGAUCCGAGUGCCAGACCGUUACAGCAAGCCUGAAUGCACGCAGCCUCCUAAACCCAUGGACGAUGACAACUCCACAGCCUUACAGAAAGCCUUGCAAGCUGCCAAAAUUCAGUUCAAGUUUGCCAGCGUUCCAGUGAACCCUUUUGCAUCCCAGGACGCUUGUCUGUCCUACAUGUUCUACGACAAGAACCGGUUCCAGCCAGCCUCUGACUCAGAGUGCUCUGAGGUGACCGAUGAGUCGGAGCCUAACACGCCGGAGCGAGCGCGCUCGCCUGAGCCGAACUUAAAUGGGUCUGAGGAGGAAAUGCUGCAACCUCCUAAUGGAAAUGAAGAGAACAUUUCACUCGAGAGUGGACUGCAAAAUUCCGAGGAGUCCCAAAAAGUUCAUAUCAAUGGCGUGAGUGAUGAAAAACAAGAUAGCGUGCAGAAUGAAAGUAAUGACGCUGUUGUCAUUCACAAAAAUAAACCUCGACAUGAGGAUGCGCUAACGAACGGCGAGCUUACCUGCGCAGCGAAUCGAGACGACGCAGCGACAAAUAAAGCCACGGGAGCCAAGCCAAAAACAUUCAAGAAGAAAAACAAAGCUCUAUUGGAAAAUAAAAAAUCCGGAAACCCUGAUGGUAGGACUGAUAAAUUGUUGAAUACGAACGAAGGAAGCGUAAAAAGCAGGAGUAGUGACAGCGAGUUGCAAUUAGUCAUAAGUAAUGACAUUGGUAAGGACGAGAGUUCGUCUCACAUGACUAAUGGUGGUACGUCAACAGAAGAUUUUCACAGCGCCACAGAAAACAAGACGCCAGUUGUUGACGGUGGGAGCCAGCCAGAAGCUCCCCGAAACAAAAAGAUAAAGAAACUACGGCGCAAAGCGCCGGUUUUUGAAAAAAGUGACGUGCUGUGCGAGGGAUGCAAGUGCUACGUGGACCGGAACACUCUACGGGAGUAUCGCUCCACAGUCAGCUUCACGAUACAGAGGCUCAAGGAUAUGAAGGAAGACAACCCCAAUUUCCAGGUAGUAACGGACGUUCUGGAACGUCAAGGAACCAUCCUGCCAAAGUUGAAUGUGUGGCGAGUGCGCGCCUUAGACUUUGCUUUUAACGCCACUUUUUGCGGUGGCGCUUGGAUGCUUGCCCUCAAAUACGGCAUGGACAACUUAGAGGGAAUGAAGUAUUACUACGGACCAGAGCAUCCAACACUCGGCCUAUACUUCAUGAAGCUCGGCAAAGUGCACAUGAACCUCAAGGAGUACAGAAAAGGCCUUCAGUUCGUGCAAGAAGCACAUAAUAUUUUAUCGGUGGCGAUGGGCCCUAAGCAUCCGUUCAUCACUGAAGAACUUCAUAAUUUGGAAAUGAUGGCUAAUGAAGACAUUGAAAUUUACAUCGAAAGACGACUAGCGAAGCGUUGCCAACAACGAACUGAAAGCGCGUGUCCGUGUUGCGGCAAAAAGAAAGGCACGUCACAUUAUGGUGGCCAUGUUCAGGAAGAAGAUGAGAAGCCUUGGGAGAAAGAUCGGAGAAUCAAACAAAUGAUGCAAGAAGAUUCAAAAUAUUUCAGCUCCAAUGAUUUCACAAAGUACUGAUUAAUGUUGUGCUCGUAGUUGUUUCGUCUAUAGUUUCUUGUGUCGGAAACAAAACAUACGUGCAAAUCAAUAGUUACUCUAAGAGUUUUACGUGCGAUUGCAAUUUAUUCCGGAAUUUUGUGAAGCUAAGCUAGCCUCGAAGAAAUCAUUAUUGAAAAAUUGCUGCUGGCAGCGUUUUCAUUUGCUGAAUUAAAAGAUUGUCAAGACAUGUUUGUGUAUCUAAGAAAACGUUUCAUAUUUUACUCAUGAUUAGUGUGCAAUAUGAAUGUUUUUUUAUCCAAAAUACCACCCAUUGCAUGGCAAAUUUUAAACUGUAUCCUGUGUCCCUCAGGAAAUCAUCUCUAGACGAUAGUCAUGAACUCAUAUUGAACUCGCGUUCUUUCUUAUUUGUUCGAAAUGUAAGCUGUGGACACGAGAAAAUAGUGAUAAACCGGAUUUCAUAUAUUGUCAGACCAAUUUUUAUGUCAAUAAUUCGACAUAUAAUAUAUUGUGCCUUUAUUUGAUUGUGUUGAUAGGAAUUUUUUGCUGAUUUUCAUUUUUGGCUUGUAACUUUUUUCAGGGUUGAGUCAAAGCCACCGACAGCUAAGAUAGUGUUGAAAAAGUAAUGCCUUUCUCAGCUCCUGACAGCCUGAGAAAAAUUAAACAGAAGUUUCUGCAUCAUUUUCGCUAUUGCUGAAUCUAUGCAGCCGAUUUGGUGAGAUGGUGCGAGCAAACCCAAUUGCAAAGUUCUUUUCUCGACUUUUAGCCAACUAAAACAAAAUUAUAGGGGUCGCUUUAAACUAAUUGAACUGGGUUGGAUAUAAAAUCAUUUAGGAAAUGAAUUUAGCAGGUGUCACCAUAAAAAAAAAUCGCAAUCGGAAAACGAAAUUCCAAAAAAGGUUUUUAUACUUCACGAUUUUUUGAUGGUUUGUCGAUAGUCAUUUCAACGACUAGGGCUUUUGAUAGUGCCCAGGCUCCACCCUGCUCUCAAGAAUGACUAUUCAUUGAUCUGCGGCAAUCGAUUGAUUUUUGAAAUUGAGAAUACAUGUAAUAUUCAGCAUGAAUGAGAAUAAGAUGUCAAUUCAAAUCUUAAAUUAAAAUAUGCCAAAUGAAGUUGUUUUUGUGCUUCUACGGCAAUAGACAUUUUAUAAAAUAAAUGGCUAUUUGACAAGAUUUCAGUAGUGACAAGUUAUCCUUGAAUGAGCCGAGGGUUUUUGCCCAACAUGAUUUUAUUGAAAAAAAAAAUGUGAAGAGCGAAAUAAAUG